AGUUUAGAAUACGUAUCUUAUCUUCGGAACCCCAACUAAAUUUAUCCUAAUAUCGGACCUAGGAACCCUUUCCAAUUCUUUAUUCUGACAACAACUCAUCAACUCGAAGGUCCCGAGGACAAAAGCGGAAAGCGAGCAGGCUCACGGUAUUUUUUUCUUUCUUCCCCCUUCCUCUCGCCAGUAGCACACGCAUUGCAUAUUUCCAAGAAGCCUGCCCAUCCCAUCCCUCAUAUUAAGAACCUUCAAGGCCGACCAAUCCCUAAGGAAAACAAUGCCAGCCGCUACCACUCUUUUCCGCGCCACCCGGCCCGUGUUCCAGCAGUCUGCGCUGCGCUCGGCCUUCCGCGGCAACUUUGCGCCCCGGACUGGCCGCCGCUUUGCGAGUACCGCGAGUACCGGGGAGGCUGCUUCUCAGAGCUGGUUCCAGCGCAUGUGGAACAGCCCUAUUGGUUUGAAGACGGUGCACUUCUGGGCGCCGGUGAUGAAGUGGGCGAUUGUCAUCGCAGGUAUCUCCGACUUCGCGCGACCCGCCGAUAGGCUGUCAUUAACGCAGAACGCCGCCCUAACGGCUACGGGUCUCAUCUGGACGCGCUGGUGUUUCGUCAUCAAGCCCCGGAACGUCCUCCUCGCCACCGUCAACUUCUUCCUCGGCUGCGUCGGGAUCAUUCAGGUCUGCCGUAUCCUCAUGUACCGCCGUUCGCAAAAGAACCUACCCGCCGCCGCCGAAGACGGCGUCGCCCAAGCCAAGGAGGCUGUCAAGGCUUAAAGAGAUAGAGCGGUGGGAGACGCAUGGACUACGGAGUGAUGUAAUUUUGAUACCGAAGUACAGGGGAGCAUUAUGCAUCGGGGGCGGGGGGCGGGGGCGGAUGGUUGCAUGACGAAAUGCCAGCCGGCAGACUCGAACGAGUCCGGACUUGAGUGUUUCGCGAAACUUAUAGACUACGGGUUGU